UACAGGAACAAUAACUGGAUUCUCCAAGGGAUCAAAUAGAUAUUGAGUCAUCCAUCAAAUGGUUUGUAGCCCAGAUCAUGAAAUCCUUAGAACUCACAUGCUGAAUUCUAGUUUUCUUGAGUUGGACUACUUAAAUCUAGUGUUUACUGCAAUGAAGAGUCAUAUCAUUGCUUGAUUGGAUCAUCUAAUCCAAAUUAAAAGGUGUUGUGCCCCUACCUUUCCCAUAUAAAAAUAAUUCAUGUUUCCAUGCAUUAUAAUCAUACAUGCCAAAGAACUCUCACCAAAACUUCCCUGCCAUCCACAUGGCGCAGGAGAAUCUUGAACUUUUGUUUACUAUUUUUCAUAUCAUUAUUGGUCAAUUUUUUAGUCGUAUCAUAUACAGCUCCUCCUUUGAGUCUCUCAAUCCUUGCAGUUCUGGGAACUCACUUCUUGGGUCUCCGAAUCCUUGUGGCUCACAGCGGCACAUAACCCCAUCGCCUACCGUCUCCCUCGCAGAGCUCGAAGUAGCGCUGCCGACAUCAGCAGGGGAAUAGACGAGCGGCUCUCGAGUAUGGCUGGAUUCAUGGCUAGUUUGUCUGCGAAUCUUUUGGUCUUCUUUCUUGUUCAAGGGUGGUCGGCGGCUAAAUUCACGUUAACCAACAACUGCGACUACACGGUGUGGCCGGGCGUGCUAUCGAACGCCGGAGAUGCUUCGCUUUCGACGACGGGAUUCGCUCUGGAGACAGGGCAGUCGAAGAGCCUCGACGCGCCCGCCGGGUGGUCGGGCCGUCUCUGGGCCCGCACCCUCUGCGCCACCGACUCCUCCGGCAGGUUCAGCUGCGGGACCGGGGACUGCGGGUCCGGCAAGGUGGAGUGCUCCGGCGGCGGCGCCACACCGCCGGUCACGCUGGCGGAGUUCACCCUGGGAGGUGGCGGCGGCGGAGGCGGGAUGGACUACUACGACGUGAGCCUGGUGGACGGCUACAACUUGCCGAUGCUGGUGGUGGCGCAGGGGGGGUCUGGCGGCGGUUGCGGCUCGACCGGGUGCGUAGCGGACCUCAACGGGGUGUGCCCGUCGGACCUGGAGGUGGUGGCGACGCGGUCGAGCAGCCGGGGGAGCGAGGUCGUGGCGUGCAUGAGCGCGUGCGAGGCCUUCGGGUCGCCGCAGUACUGCUGCAGCGGCGCCUACGGCAAUCCCAACACGUGCAAGCCCUCGUCCUACUCGCAGUUCUUUAAGAACGCCUGCCCCAAGGCCUACAGCUACGCCUUCGACGACGCCACCUCCACGUUCACCUGCGCCGACGCCGACUACCUCAUCACCUUCUGCCCCAGCACCGCCAGUCAGAAAUCCUCGAGCCAGAAUCCGGAGUCGUCGGCCGGCGCCGGGCUACCGUCAAGCGACGGCGAUGGCGGCGCAAUGGAGUUCGUUGGCGGCGACGAGUUCCGCGGCGCCUCGCCGACCGUGGCGAUACGCGUUUCGCUCGCAAUUCUUGUCACGUCGUGGCUACUCUGAGCCUGCAUGAGCUUCCAGGAACGGGCGGCAGUGAGGCAGACGGAGGAGGAGGAGGAGGAACGCACUAAUUCUCCGCAAGCAGGCCCAUCUAAUUUUGUCGUUGGCGAUCGACCGAGAAUAUUCUGCUGGUGGGGGAUUGAGAUAUGAGAGGGGUGUGACAAGGAAGGGGAAGAGCGUCACCUGAUCUGGUGCUUAUUGCUGUAAGGCUGGUAUUUGUUAUCCUCUUCGUUUGUGCAGAGCGGCGUCGCUCUCGGGGAUGCAAACGCGAGAGGUGGUGAAGAAAAGGAGGAGAAUGUCGGUGAAAUGUCUCAUCGAUUAUUGUAAUUUAUGGGUUUGUAUCGGAGCCGUUUGCGUUCAACCUCUUUUUCUUGUCUCCA